GAUGAAUCAAUGUUGCAAAUUGCAAUGCAAAGCAGAGAGAGGCUUGGUAAACUGUUUAUUUACUGAAAUGGUAAGUGAGUCGCCAAUAGAGAAUAGAAUAACGGCAUACAGGUCUUUCUUUCAGUCUCCUGCCCAAAACUGUACGGACAAAUUGGAGGGAAGAAGGAAUUCGAAGGCCCUAAUUUCUUACUGAAGCAACAAUGCCCAGAAGGCGCCUACGACUGAGCUGGUCUUCCGACGAAGCGGAAGACCAAGAAAACGAAGACUACGAACGCGGCCCUCAAUGCCCCGAUUCCUCCACCGCCUCUCUUCAGCCUCUCAUUCUCGACAAUCUCAACUCUAAUUUUAAUCCCAAUGUCUCUGAGCCAGUCCAACUUUCCGACGACGACGAACAAGAUUUCAUCGACGUCUCCGACCAUCUCUCGCCUCCUUCUCCGGAUUCCGACCACUCCCUCCGCCACUCGCCUGAGGCGAAUCCGCUUAGUUAUCGCGUCGCUUCCAGCGAGUCAUCGUGUCCUGUAACCGACUUCCUUCGUAGACUUGGUUUGAGCUUGAAGAGAGAGUGGUUGGAUGCUUGUACCCGUGCCCUAGAAGGGUCUAUACCAGGCUUUUUGAGCCUCAACCCGACGGAGAAAGGGAAGCUGUGUUUCGAGCAGUUUUUAGUUUCUGAUAUGAAUUAUUCGGGUGCUGGUGUCCUACCUGAAAAUGUUGAUUCUAUGCAUCUCGUUGACCUCCCCGGGCCGUACGUAUUGCAGGUCGAUGAAAUAGUUAACAUCAGUUGUCCUCUUAGAGGUAGAUAUCAGACAGCUCCCGCGAGUAUUAAGAGGUGCCUUAAGGUGUCCAUGACGGAUGGUGUUCAACGCGUUUUUGGCAUGGAAUACAGGCCUAUUAAGGAUCUUGAAGUUUUAGCACCUGCUGGGUUGAAGGUAGUCAUCUGUAAUGCAAGCGUUCGGCACGGGCUUCUAAUGCUAGUUCCUGAAGCUUUAGAGGUUCUAGGAGGCCUGGUUGAGGAGCUGGAGGCAGCUCGGCGGCGGCUGGUUGAUGAAGUGAACAAGCCACCUAGGGGAAGAAGAACGAGGACAGGUGUGGUUCCUCCUUUGGCAAGUAGAGCAACACAUGCUGCAUGGCCAUCAGACGCUGUCCAAAGGCCAGUGCAACCUAACAGAAUAGUGAGCACGGAACCCCCUUAUUCAGACCAAGGUCUUGAAAUGUUCCAUAGGGGAAAUGAAGCACUUACUGCUCCGGCUGGUGACGCAUUUACCACUCCAGUCAGCAGAACAAAUGCAAAUUCUGAGCUGUCUUCUAAUCUUGUUUCAAAUGUUGAGGAGAUCCAUUCACAUUAUGUUCCCAGUAGUAGAGCUAGUACCGAGCCUACCAUUUUGUCCAAUUCAGUAGAGGAAACCAAUAUGGUUGAUAUUGAGCAUCCACUCAUGUUAUCUGGUGAUAGAGAGAUUCCUUUCACGUACUUGGCUAGUUUAUCGGCUAAGUGGGCAGCAGUGAAGGAAAAAUCUUCAUCAGUUUGUGGAAGAAUCAAGUGCUUUUUGACUGGUGUAAAAGGAUUUCAGUUCAGGCAAAGGACAACAUACGAGCUACAUGUUUAUGUUGAUGAUGGCAGUCUCAUUUCUGAGGUUCUCAUUGAUCACGAAGUUGUGAAAAAAGAAAUUGGCCAUGCUCCUAAGGAUGUUACAGAUGCUCUAUCGUCUUCAGAUGUUCAAGUAGCGAGCAGUAUGAAGGAUACCAUGAGACAGUUCCAAGUUUUCUUGGUAAAUUUUGAGGGUACAAUGCUGGUUGAGAUGAACAAAACGUCUUCUCUGCCAGUAGUCCUUGAGAUGAAGGAAGGUUGUCUGGAGUCCGACGCUUGGUUGCUUUUGAGAAGAUUCAAGUGUUUGAAUGCCGUUCAAACUGAAGAGCAUACCCACAUGGACCCUAUAGACGUUUCCCCUUAAUUGAUGGCGAGAAGAAGGGUAUUGAGAUGCAGCUUUUCGGCUUAGAAAAUCAUUCGUAUCAAUCAUCACAGGUUAUCUUGGACUGGGGAUUAUGGUUGUAAAGCUGAAUUUAUGCUACAUAACGCCAUUAAGAGUGACAAUUGAAAAGAGCUUGACGAGCCGCAGAUUUCACAUGAAAAAUGCAUAUGGUUGGGACAUUUUGGUGGAUAUCGACACCGCAUCCAGCGGUGGAAGCUUUACUCUGCUCAAGUGGUCAGAGGAGAUGCCCAAGGCCAUGAACUGAUGGAGAUUGGUAUUCUUGUGGUGGGAUGCUCUUUAUAACACCACGAGGAGGAGAUAAAUUAAAAGGUAAUGAAGCUGGUCUCGAAGGGCCGAAGCUGAGAUUGCUACAACCCACCCGCACUGUGACAUUCCAUAUUUAUUGAUUCUUUCAAACUCAGACUCUUCUACCGUGGAAUGUUGUACAUCAUGUACAUGCUUAUGGUUAGUUUCUCAAGUUACGAAAAGAGAUAUAAAUUGCUGAUUUAUCCAAGAUUGGCAUUUUGCAGGUGUCUAAAUAAAUACAUUCCUUUGGUUCAUUAUUGUUGGAUUGGGACAAGCGUCAGUUGAGCCGUCGCAUUCAGGUAUCUUUUUCUAUAAAUAUCAAUGGAAGAUUUGGCCGAAUAUGACGAGUUGACAAGUGUUGGAUCCGAUCAAUUAGAGUUAUUGUAAUGACAAUUGUGGAGGGGACACGUUUACAAAAUUAGAACAAGUAGAGUUGUUGCAUUUA